AUGAUCCCAACAGUGAGUCUACUGUCUCGUUCAGCCUGGAAGGGCCCUCACAUUGUCCCGCUUCCCAUCCGAGAAGCUAUGUCAAAGGGCACUCCAAUUAGAACAAAUGCAAGAGCCGCAACAAUUCUGCCCCAGUUUGUCGGUCUGAAGUUUCAAGUUCACAAUGGUAAGGAAUACGUAGCAUUUGAAGUAGUAGAGGAUAUGGUAGGUAGGAAAUUGGGUGAAUUUGUGCCAACAAGAAAGAGAUUUAGUUACACACAGACCAAGAACAAAUAA